AUGGGAGAUUCUGGCGAAGUAACUGCUCGUCGAGGACGAGUUCAAUCGCAAUUGGUGGCUCAAUCAAAAGGGAAAACAGUUGUUGUUUACAAUAAAGAUGGUGAGCGAGUUCAUAAAUCUACGGUGGUAAUGGAUUUGAAAGGUAGGAAGAUUGCGUAUGACUCAGGCUGCAUUCUAUUGGGCCAGCUUUUGAGGGGUCGAAGAAAACUCUCUGUGGGGUCAUUUAGCAGUAAAAUGACUGUUAGGAAGAAUAUAGCCGUUGCCAAUUCAGUACAACAGCGUAAGUGGAGAGACAUGUUUCAUUCUCAUAUUGGAGAAGGGGAGCUGGAAUUUGUGGAACCUACUAUGCAAGAUGGUGAAUCCGUUGCCUCAAUUACAAGACAGACCGCAGUGGAGGGUUUGAGCAACUGGACAUAUUGCUUAGUUGGGAGUUUUUUUGGCAAAAAUCUCAAGUUAUCAACGAGUACCGCUGGUGUCAACAAUUUAUGGGGCGGGGACGGCAACAUUGUGAUCAUUCAUGACAGUUUCUCUAAUAUUGUGGAGGCUCCAUCUCUGGUGGAAAACAGUAUGGAUCUGGGUCAUAAUUCAUUUGGUGUUCUAGCUCUAUCAGAGGAUCUUAAUGCUGAUUCUGAUAAGGAUGCUACUACAGAAAUGAUUCAUGGUAGAUGGACAAGGCAAGCCUUUGCAAAUGUCUCAAUUAUCACUGACUUGCUGAAGCCGAAGGCCAGGAAGGUUAAUGCAAAGAAGAAGGGCAAAGGGAAAGUCAGUAUUAAGAGUCGAAUGGGUGGUGGUGUUUAA